UAUUUACCGCUACGAACCGUCCGUUUGAGGGGGAGAAUGAAUUGCACGGCACUUGCUGGAACCACCGGCACCGCGGCGGUGCAAUUCCCUCUCCUCCGCUCUCAUUCCACCGGAAAUAGUUCCGUCGCCGUUGAUACUGCCGCCGCUGCGCCCGAUAAUUUUGCGAUAGAGUGUCGGAAUCUCUGCUACUCGGUCAGAACUCGUCAGGGAAGAAUUUUACCGAUUUUAAAUGAUUGUUCGCUCAACAUACCCGCUGGACAGUUCUGGAUGCUUCUGGGACCCAAUGGCUGCGGGAAAUCGACUCUCCUAAAGGUUUUAGGUGGUUUAUUAAAUCCAAGCAGUGGAUAUGUGAGAGUAAGCAAACCGAGGAGUUUUGUGUUUCAGAAUCCUGAUCAUCAGGUGGUUAUGCCGACUGUGGAGGCAGAUGUGGCAUUUGGCCUCGGCAAAUUCAAUCUAACAGAUGGUGAGAUUAUGUCGAAAGUGGCUAAAGCUUUGGAUGCUGUAGGCAUGUCUAAGUAUUUGCAGAGACCAGUUCAAACUCUUAGCGGUGGCCAGAAGCAAAGGGUCGCCAUUGCCGGGGCUCUAGCAGAAGCCUGCAAAGUAUUGUUGCUCGAUGAACUCACAUCAUUCCUGGAUGAAGGCGAUCAAGUCGGGGUGAUAAGAGCCGUGAAAAGCUCCUUGGCUAGUUCACCCGGAACUACAGCAUUUUGGGUAACUCACAGGUUGGAAGAACUCGAGCAUGCAGACGGCGCUGUCUACAUGGAAGACGGCCGAGUAGUUUUACAGGGCGACGGUUCCAGCAUACUGAAUUUUGUCGACACUCGCCGCGCCUCUUACUGUAAGCAAAUUAAUUUGUGAACCUCUAUAUGUUUUCUUCAAUGAAAAUGGUCUUCUCCUUC